AUGAAAACGUCUAGUAGAUUUGUGCCCGAUGAUUAUUUUGACCCUAUCAUACAUUCUCUGUUAUUUGGCAACUACACCGAAAUAUCAGAAUUUAAUGACACAGAAGAUGAGGAACUUAAAAAUGGUAACGAACUUAAAUUUUUUGACGGAAUUUGGGGAUGCGGAAAUUGUGAUAACAUCACUGAAAGAGAAUUAACAUAUCAAGAAGUCUACGAUGUCUACACCGAGGAUGGGUAUGAUAGCUCCUUUGAAAUUCAGGUCGGGUUAUCGUUAGAUAAAAUGGAAUGUGUAGUUGUACAAUCGGAUGAAAAUUUUACAAUGAAAAGAAUUUCUGGACUUUGCACCGGUCCCAAUCUUACGCUGAAAGUUGAUGAAGCGCAACACUUUACUGUCAGUGUAUACGGUGAUUACAAAAGAACUUAA